AUGACAAAGUUUUGUUCGUCUUUAAACUUGAAACAACAGUGCGACGGCAGUAUAAACAGAAGGAAGGUUUGCAGAAUUCUUUGUUGUAAACAGAGCAGCAGGAUUCGACUGGCUGCUGAGGGGCAACAAGUCCCUCGCACUAAGCCUGUGCUGCUAAAAAAACCUGCGAUAGGAUUCCUCAUAAAAAAGAAGGAAUUUCGCACGAAUCAGAAAUGCUCCCGAUUCGUUAACGAUGGCGGAAAACAGGAGUGCAGAGGAGUUAGAAACAUCUACAGCAGCAGCACUGUUGGCGCUACUGCUGCGCAGAGCGGAUCAAAAUCGUCCUCGAUUUGA